CCGGGCAUCUCUCCCCAAGACGUCUUUGGAGAUAUUCCGGUUCUUUCUUUGUUCUCGCUUUUCUUUGCGACAUUACCUAGAUCUACGUACCUUCUAGUCAGACUGAUCGUCCGUACCUGAUACGAUCCCGAUUACAAAACUCACCUCCUCUUGGUCUCACCUCGGACAAAUCCCUCGUUGUCUUAGGUUAGAAGGCCAAAAACGGACGAAUACAAGAAACGGUGACUUAUCAUAUCUUACUCAUUCGCGUGAAGGCUCUAUCACCAUGUUUGACCUCAUUCCGAAGCUUCUUUCCUCUAUAGCAUCCUUCCUCUUUCCCCUCUUCGCCUCCUACAAAGCGCUCAAGACCUCCGAUCCCACACAGCUGACACCAUGGCUGAUGUACUGGUCCGUCCUCUCUUGCGCCCUCCUCGUUGAGUCCUGGCUCGAGUUUAUCCUCUACUGGAUCCCCUUCUACUCGUACAUGCGUCUCUUCUUCCUGCUCUACCUCGUCCUUCCCCAGACCCAAGGCGCUCGCGUGCUCUACGAGGCGUAUCUCCAUCCAUAUCUCGAAGAUAAUGAGGCGGCUAUCGAAGAGUUCAUUGCCAGCUCUCACGAUAAACUAAAAGCCGCGGGUAUAGCUUAUUUAAAGCGCGCUAUCGACUUGCUCCGCACCCAAAUUUUAGGUAUGCCACCGCAAGCAGUAGAACCGGAAGAAACAAGGGCCUCUGCGGCGCCACAGGGAUACACGCAGGCGUUGCUAGCUAGGUUCAGCGUACCAGCCGCGCGGUGGGCUGCCAAUAACACUGGCACUACGGGGCAGGAUUUCUUCAACCUACUGGCUAACGCGGUCGGCACUGCUGCCGGUCCUAGAACUCCUGGAGGAACAACAGUACCGGCAAGGGCCGAUACACUGUCUGCCGCCAGCCUAAUCCCAGGGAACUUUGGCGGCGCGGAGGACAAAAUGAUCUUCAUCACCGCGCAGAGGGAGAGGCUAGCACUCAUGAUGGGCGCGCUGGACAAGGAGGCGAAGCAGCUACAGAUGUCCGAGGAGGAGCGCAAGAGGGCUGAGCAAGCGGAGAGAGUAGGUAGCAUGAGCCUAGACGGCCAGGAGGGAAUUUCACGACCACCUAGUGGCCACAGUGUGUGGAGUGGGCUGAGUAAAAGCCGGAGUGAAGUCGACUUCGAGAAGAUCGACGCCGAGAGCGGCGCCGAGGAUGACAACAACCUACGUAGAAGAGCUCCUGUCGGCGAAGAAAACCCGGCUGCUGGAAGAAGCGGCUGGAGCUUCCUAGGCUGGGGCACCGUUGGUACUGGAGAGGAGACUAACCAACCGGACGCUGGACACAGCUCUGGAGUCCAGAAGUAGGUAAAACUACACCUACGAUAUCACAUUUAAUCGCACGGAGUUAUUGGUUGGGUUUCGGACUGGAUCGCACAUCAGGAAGGACGGGUAGACGCGGU